AUGGUAUCGAAUUCUCAACCCAAUCCAGCCCAAACAGCAACCACCGAAGCACGCCCAACUCAACCUCCACUUUCACAGUCAGCAAAUUCAACUGCGCCCCAAAGACGCCAGGGUCGCAUGCCUGGUUCUCAAGGAUAUAACACAGACGACUGUGUUGGACUGAUCAAAUGUGUUGGUAGAGUCAUGCCCAUGGGCCCUCAGCAGUGGAGCUCUGUGCAGGAAGCUUACCACAAGUAUGCCGACAAGAACAAUCGAUCACAUCGGGAAAUCGACUCGUUGAAACACAAGUUCCGAGCCAUAGCUAACUCAAGGAAGCCUACUGGAGAUCCAAAUUGCCCCGCUUACAUCCGCGAUGCCAAACGAAUUCAGAUCGAAAUUGAUCAGAAGACCCGGAAAUAUGUUGCAGAGGAUCAAAGUGAUGAUGAACAGAAUGGCGACGGUGCGCACAUGGAAGACUCGCAAUCUCUUGACAGGAAUGCUUCACCAGGCUCACAAGUAUCCAACUCGAGUGAGACCUCACCCAAUCAUCAGGAAAGCGAGCCAAACAUACCUACGAAUGACGAUAUCAACGAUCAGAUGGAACUUGAUGAUCAAUCAUCCUCUCAUCAUCCUCCAACCAAUGAAUCACAAGCGAGUAAAGCUAAUCUGUGUCGCCGUGGUGCUAGUUCGAGCUCCCAACGCAUUCAUCAUACCUAUUCCCCAAUGAACUCAUCAACUCGGAGAUCUCAACGAGGGCGCCGUGGCCUUGAUCAAUGCCUGGAAACUUAUUUCGACCCUGAAGCUCGGGAUAAUCGAGAACGUGACCAGGGGAUGGCGUCUUUUUACGCAGCACGUCUGAAAGAAGCAAACACAAAGAUCGAGGCACUUAGCCGGGAGAACCAAGACUUAUCCACCAAGGUGGACAACGAGAAGCGAGAUUUAAAAGCCGAAGUCGAUCGCCUACGAGCUGAGAGCACCAAAAAGUCAAUGGAUAUUCGGGAUCUGCGAGGGAAACUGGACUUGCUGCAGCUGAAGUUGGACUUAUACAAGCGGGGUCAAUUCCAACCUCAACCAAGGCCAAUGUAUAACUAUCAAGGACCUUACAUGACAGCGGGUCAUGCGAUGCAAACUCCCAGCCAAACAGCUUAUGCGCCUGCAGCUCAAUCCAACUUCCCAACACAAUCAGCUCCUUCGGUACCACCACCUGUACCGAUCAAUUCAGCUCCUUCAGUACCACCUGUACAAAGCAGUUACCAACCUCCCCCCGAGUCUUUCUCUUCAAUGGGUGAAACUAAUUUUGGACAACAAAAUGAGCAUUUGGGUACUCAUCCGUCCGAGUUGUAG